AUGAUUAUCAAUAAGAUUAAACGGGUUAAUAGACUUAAAAGUAACAUAAAAAUACAAAUAAUCAAAUAUGAGCAUUCCGGCCAAAGGGCCGGGUUAUAAGCUAGUGAAUAAAAAGAAGAGCAUGUUAGACUCACUCAGUGGCGGAUCCAUGGGGCUCUAGGGUGUAUCGGGACACCUCUAAAAUUUGAGAACACGAUUAUUCAACCCCGAUAAUAGUUUGCAUAUAGGUAAAAAAAAAUAUUUAAGUGAUGGCGGGACACUCCUAAAAUUUUGAAAAACGAUUAUAAUCCCCAAUAAUAGUUUGUGUAUGGGUAAAUAUAAACAUUUAAGUGGUUUCCUAUGUGAUUUGAACUUGGGUCGAUGCUACUAUUAGUAAACAUAUUCUUCAUUAGACUAUAACUCAUUUGAUCUUGUAUUUCAAAUCCAAAUAUAAUAGUAAAAAGCUAUUUUUUUAUCCCAAUUAUUUUCAAAAGCUAACGAUUAAACCCAAUUACGGGCUCCCCUAGUCUAGUAGGAUAUAUCGAGAGAGAUUUAUAGAGCAUUGUUGGACACCGAUUGUAUUUUAUAAUUUUUCCAAAAUACGAAACACGUCAUGUGCUUUGUUUUCCUUUGGACAAGCCAUAUAUUUUCUUAUUUAAUAAUUAUUUGAUUAUUAUUUUAACUUAAUUUUUAGGAGAGGACACCCCUAUAUAAAAUUUCUGGAUCCGCCACUGGACUCACUGCAGCAUUGAAAAGCCAAGCCAACGACAUCAAAGAAGAAGAAGGUGGAAAUGAUUACAGUGAGAUAUGACCGGAGAAGGACUAUAUCAAUCUCGAAAAAAAAGUAAGGAUGUUUUCAAUUUAUAUGAAAAUAAGGACAAAACUAUAAUAAAAAUACACAACACUAUGGUAUUUUUCAAAUACUAUUCCUCCCCGAGUAUUUGAAAAGAAUAAAACAUUUGUUGUAUUCGAAGAAUAUCACUCUAAAGUUACUAUUUUUUCCUAACCAAACAUAUUACUUAUGCACAAAGCUCAAUCAUAUGGGAAUUGACCCCGAAUAAUACACACAAAUAUGCAUGCCAAACGAUUCAUUUAUUAUUCAAGAAAGUAUUUUAUAAUAUUUUAAAUUAUUGGUGUUUUGGUUUUAAAAAAGCUCUUUAUGGUCCAAAUUGAACUUAAUUUAACUUCAACAUUAGGAUACAUUCCUAAAUAUUUUUUGUAAAAAUUUAAUUAUGAUACAAACUUAAUUUGUAUCUUUAUGUUAUGGUACAAACUGAACUUGUACCAUACAAUAAAAAUACAAAAUCUUUAUAAUACAAAUUCAACUUUGUAUUGUACAUUUAAGUACAAUAUCAAUGUGCAAAAAAACACCAAUAAUUUUAAAAGUAAGGCUUUAUUCCAAGAUCCAAAAUUACAACAACAACAACAAAAAAACCCGAAACAGCACGUAUCUACUAGGCUACAACAAAUCAAACACAUACCCUAAACGGAUAUUCGUGUUUGCUAAGUAAAUCCCUAAUUACAAGGAGGGCAAAUUACAAAGAACUACCCAAUACUUUAACGGGCUAGCCAAUUGGCCGGUCACCGGUCACCACCCCCCUCAUAACGGCAAAGGACAAUGGAAAGGAAAAGAGGAAACGGAAAACGGAAAGGAAAAAAAACUUAAAAAGGAGUGGGCGGCCAGAAAAGCAGCCCCACUCUGCGUGUGAGCGAGUGAGAUCACAGAGAUGUUGACUGGUCGGUUUAAAACCGCGAUAAAUGUGGAGUGACGUGUCGGUGGAUGCUCCGUCCCCGUGAUUCCCAUUUCUUAAUUAUUAUUAUUAUUUUCUUAGUCGUAUUUAUCAUAACGUUAACGACAAUGUGACGGACCAUCCCCUUCCCCCCAUCCCCUUCUUUCACUUCUAUUUUAUUUUAUGGUUAUCAUUAUUAAAAUUAAAUUAAAGAAGAAAGGAAAGAUCAGUGAAUAAAAAUGGUGGUUGGAAAAUCACACCAUAAUACUGAUAACAUAACAUUUUAGACGGCAUAUGCCCCAACGCUAAAAAGCCCUUCACCUCUCUCUCUUUCUCUCUCUCUGCCCUCCAUUAAAUAAUUGAAGGAAGGCCAGUCGGGGGAUUCUGUGUGAGACGCCCGCCAUCGGUGGAACUAGUGGGGAGCGGUGGUAAUCGAGAGGUCUGGCGGGGAUAAGAAGCGUCGCCCUCAGAGUUCUCGCCCGCAGCAGCGAGGACGACGGCGGCGGCGGAUUCAGGCGGUCGAGGCGGAAGUGGUGCAGCUUGGUCGCCGGCGCCGGCAAGAGGAAAGGAUUCAGAGUUAAAGAUCGAUUGAUGGAUUGGUGGAACAAAGUCGUCUUCCCCGUCCGUCGCGUUUGGGUCGCCGUUUCGGCCCGCGUCAAGUCAUCACGCAAACACGGUAUGUAACCCAAUUCUCCAUUUUCUUCUUCUUCUUCUUAGUUUUCCCCUUCUCCUGUUCUUGCAGCUCGGAUCCAUCGCCACCCAUUUUCUUCUUCUCUUUCGCCAUUUUUAUUCACUGAUCUUUUCCUCCCGCGGAAAGAAAGGAAAGAUUCAUCGAAGAAGUAAAGCCAACCAGACUUAUUUGACUCGGAAAAUCAAUUAAGCAGAUUUCAUAGUUUGCAACUGCAAGCAGUUCUUUGUUAUUUCCCCACGAGAGAAUUGUUUAACCAGUAUUAUUUAUUAUAAAUAAAUAAAUAAUAAUUUUCACCAAAAUAGUAAUUCAACUGUGUAAAUUCCUAUAUUCUUUUUGACGAAUAAUCAUUUUAUCCUCAUAAAAGAAAUUUGCACGAAAUAUUCGUUUGGUUUUGGUAUACAUCUCCACGCCGAAAGUUGUGCACUGUCUUUGCGAAUUUCAAACAAAAAUAAAAAAAAAAAUCUUGAUUUGCCAUGAUCUUCUUUCUUUACCCUUCCUUUAAUCAUUAGUAAAAAAAAAAUUUGAUUUCACCAUGUGGUGAUUUUAUGAGCAAGUGGUGUGAGUAAAAGUAAAAGAGUAAAGUAAGCAUCAUGAUGUUGUUUCUUUCCCCUUGAGAAGCAUCAAUGAUCCGAUGGCUGUUGAGAUUCAAGAUCGUCCUUACCGUUUUAUGAUCUUGACCUACUCAAGUUAAUUCGAGUUCUAAUGAGUGUGGCCCCCUAAUAAUCCGAAUUUUCAAUGGACGCUGUGGCUGCUGACCCCGCCUCCUCCACCGACGCAGCCCAUAAAACAAUAUGUAAUUUGUCGCUUACGGAAAGCGGCAUUACUAGUUUACUACCACUUGGAACAACCUCAGUCACUAGCUAGAUAUUAUACAUCCUCUUAUUAUUAAUUAAUUAAUCUAAUCAUCAGAGUUCAUGUCGACAAAGCUGCCAAGAAGAUAGGAAACGGACUAACGGCGGAGAGUGGGGUUUCCCGUUUUUGUAACAGGUGGCGGGAUUCUGAUGCUCCACAACGACGUCCAGACUUGCGGGUACGAGGACGUCCAGGUCAUGUGGGAAAUGCUGCGCCGCUCCGAACUUGAGAUGGUCAACGGCGGCGGCCGCACCGCCGGCGAUCUUCUCAAGCGGAACCGGCCGUUCUGGCGAAUCUUCCUGUCGUCGAAUGCGAGGAGGACGUGUGGCUCCACUUCGCCUCUCGCGGCGGAUAUAGCCUGAGAUUGCUACCAGAGAAAAACCAGAGCCUCGGUCGCAGAGUUUCGUCGACGUCGAUCUAUUCUCCGACCACAAACUACCCAGGCAGCCGUCAUUGCGCCCGCGCAUGCUACAGUGCUGUUGUUAUUGAAAGAAGAAAGAGUUCUCUCAUGA